AUGGCGGCCUCACGCUCGCUUCGACGGACCAGCACUCCGACCUAUAUAAUGGCCGCCAUACUAUGCAUCUUCUUCCUGUACUUCUUCUUCGCCGACAGCACGAGCAUACCAUCCAUUUCUUCUGCGCCGCGGCAGAUUCUUAAGAGCAAGGAUACUGCCUUCAAUGCCCUCUCACCACCUUCUCUCCCCUUUCGAAAGCCCGAGAAACUGGGCCCGAACGAAGUUGCACCUCCCCCGCCCGUCGUGCACUAUCACAUGAAUAAUGUCACUACCACCAGUGACCCUGUGGGCAACAGAGAAUCUAUAUUGAUUCUGACGCCUUUGGCAAGAUUCUAUCAGGAGUAUUGGGACAACUUGGUCAAGCUGUCGUAUCCACACGAUUUGAUAUCACUGGGCUUUAUUAUUCCAAAAGGAAGGGAAGGAAAUCUGGCCACACAACAACUCCAGGAGAGGAUAUCAAAAACGCAAGCACCAACAAACAAGAAUCGAUUCGCGUCAAUCACCAUUUUGAGGCAGGACAGUGAGCCGCCCACAGCGCAAAACGAAGGCGAAAGGCAUGCAAUGGCCGCCCAAAAGGAGCGGAGAGCCGCGAUGAGUCGCGCAAGGAAUAGCUUGCUAUUUACAACCUUGGGCCCGACUACAUCUUGGGUCCUGUGGCUAGAUAGCGACAUUGUCGAGACACCGCCGAGCCUCAUUCAGGACCUGGCUUCUCACGACAAACCGAUCAUAGUGCCGAAUUGUUUCCAAAGAUAUUAUAACAAAGAGAAGGAGGCGAUGGAUGUCCGGCCCUAUGACUUCAAUAGCUGGCAAGACUCACUUACAGCUCAGGGUCUGGCGGAGAAGAUGGGUCCAGAGGAUAUCCUUCUGGAAGGCUACGCUGAGAUGGCGACCUAUCGAUCGUUGAUGGCAUACAUGGCCGAUGAUCAUGGAGAUCCACGUCGUGAAGUAGACCUAGAUGGUGUUGGAGGCACGGCCCUGCUGGUGAAAGCAGAUGUGCACCGUGAUGGCGCAAUGUUUCCGCCAUUUCCAUUCUACCACCUCAUUGAGACCGAAGGCUUCGCCAAGAUGGCGCAGAGGCUCAAUUGGAAAUCGUACGGCCUGCCAAACUAUUUCGUGUUUCACUACAAUGAGUAA